UUUGUUAAAAGGAGUUUCUUGAGGAAAGGGCAAAAGAGCAAGCUUCCUGCUAUUAUUUCUAUAGCAUCAGAUCGUCAUUUUUUGCUACUCUUCGUCUUCGAUUGACCGAUCUACACCCUUAAAUCAGAAUGAAUUUUAUGGCUUCAAAGCAACCUGAAAAUAGCUUACUCGGCCCUGAAGCUGACUCUCAAAGGACUCUGUACCCAUAUGUGACUGGAACCUCAGUUGUGGCUUUAAAGUAUAAAGAUGGGAUUUUGAUGGCUGCUGAUAUGGGAGGUUCUUAUGGGUCCACCCUCCGGUACAAGAGUGUGGAGCGAAUGAAGCCUAUUGGCAAGCAUUCUCUACUAGGUGCAAGUGGAGAAAUCAGUGAUUUCCAAGAGAUUUUGCGUUAUCUCGAUGAGCUUAUCUUGUAUGACAAUAUGUGGGAUGAUGGCAACUCUUUGGGGCCUAAAGAGGUGCAUAAUUACUUGACUCGAGUCAUGUACAACAGGCGUAACAAGUUCAAUCCAUUGUGGAACUCCCUUGUACUUGGUGGAGUUAAAAAUGGACAGAAGUAUCUUGGAACAGUGAGUAUGAUUGGUGUAAACUUUGAGGACAAUCAUGUUGCAACUGGAUUUGGAAAUCACCUUGCAAGGCCAAUUCUGCGUGAAGAGUGGCAUCAGAACUUGAGCUUUGAAGAUGGUGUUAGACUACUGGAGAAAUGCAUGCGUGUUCUCCUCUAUCGUGAUAGAUCAGCCGUUAACAAGCUUCAGAUAGCUAAGAUCACUGAAGAAGGUGUGACAAUUUCCCAGCCAUAUUCAUUGAAGACCUACUGGGACUUCUCUGCUUUCGCAAAUCCUGCUCAGGGUGCUGUAGGAUCAUGGUAACGGUAGCAAACAUUUCAUCCUUUCCGGAAUUUUAAAUUGUCAAACAUCAAACAACCAACCAACUAGGAAUUAAAUGAAAAUUUGAUUCUAUCUUUAUGUUUGAUUGAAACGACGAGUUGUGAUGCAUCUUUAUGGUUCUGAAAACAAUUAAGUUUGAGGUUGAACAGUAGAAUGUUGAAAUAAAAUCUUUCAAAAUUUGGGCCUUAAAAAGCUUGAAUGUAGACUAAACCAACGACUGGGCCCAGAGAAGCCUGUCCAUCACUUGAAUCGAACCCUUUUGUUUUGGAUGUGAAAAGGGUAGGCCCAAGAAGUAAGAAGUUGGACCUUUUGUGGGGUCCAAGAAUGCCAAGCAAGUGACACGUGGGCAAAAUAGACUCCACCAAAAGAAAGGGCAGGACGAUGCAAAGAAAGGGGUUGAGUG